AUGACUGGCCUUUUUUUAUUGAUCUAUUCUGAAUUUAUUCCGUUUUUGCUUUUCCAUACGGCAUCUAUCUAUCUAUCUAUCUAUCUAUCUAUCUAUCUAUUCUGUUUCAUCUAUCUAUGUCAUCUGUUUCUAUCUAUCUAUCUCAUUCAUCAUCUAUCUAUCUAUCUAUCUAUCUAUGUCAAUUUGAUUUAUCUAUCAUUCAUUCAUCUAUCUAUCUAUCUAUCUAUUCAUCUAUCUAUCUAUGUCAAUCUUCUUAUUCAUAUUCUAUCUAUUCAUUCAUCUAUCUAUCUAUCUAUCUAUCUAUCUAUCUAUAUCUGUCUAUCUAUCUGUUCCUAUCUAUGUAAAUUUGAUUCUAUCUAUCUAUCUAUUCAUUCAUCUAUCUAUCUAUCUAUCUAUCUAUCUAUCUAUGUUAAUCUUCUCUUCACAUCUAUCUAUCUAUCUAUCUAUCUAUCUAUCUAUCUAUCUAUGUCAAUCUGUUUCUAUCUAUCUAUCUGUCAUUCUGUUCCUAUCUAUGUAAAUUUGAUCCUAUCUAUCUAUCUAUCUAUCUAUCUAUCUAUCUAUCUAUCUCUCUAA